AUAAAAUAACAAUAAAAGAAAAGUUUAAAAAAAAGUGCCAAUCAAUAUGUAUACUCGAAACUCAACGACAAUAAAGUCAGGCCGCACUGGUAAUGGUACUGGUGGUGGUGCUGGUGGUAGCGGUAGUGGGGAUAAUACCGGCUACGUCAUGGCUGGUGGAGCACCAAAUUCCUUUCAACCAGUUGAAGGUGGACCGCGUGCGCGUACGGAUCUAACGGCAAAUAUUGACCGUCAUUUAAUUCAAAAUAAUAAUAAUAAUAGUAAAAAUAUAAAUAGCGGCUUCGGCUUUAGCCAAUUAAAUCUCUACACAAAAGGCAAUAUCAAUCAAAUUAAUACCCCAAAUCUCGAACCACAAGGAUAUCAAUAUCAGUAUCCUGUGCACGAUCAACAGCAGCAGCAGCAGUUCUAUCAACACCCGCAACAGAGCCAACAGCAGCAAAAGCAGAAACUAUUUCAACAGCAAACACUCAGCAGCGCCGGCAGCGUUGAUUACUAUCAACAACAACAGGACGAGAAUUUUGACGAAGACAUGGAAGCAGAACGUGAUCUGGCCGAAGACGCCCAAUGGAAGAAGAUCCAACAGAAUACAUUCACUCGCUGGGCGAAUGAACAUCUAAAAACAAUCGAUCGUUCGAUUGCUAGUCUCGAGACAGAUCUAUCCGAUGGAUUGCGUUUGAUUGCCCUCAUUGAAGUUCUAUCCCAAAAACGCAUGCCCAAGUAUAAUAAGAGGCCAACAUUCCGUAGUCAGAAAUUGGAGAAUGUUUCCGUGGCGCUUAAGUUUCUCGAAGAUGAAGGAAUUAAAAUUGUUAAUAUUGACUCCUCAGAUAUUGUAGACUGCAAAUUGAAACUUAUUCUUGGCUUAAUAUGGACCCUAAUUCUUCAUUAUUCCAUCUCAAUGCCAGCGUGGGAGGGAGAAGACGAAAAUCAAAUGAAUGGAACAGGUGCAACACCUAAACAGAGACUUCUCAACUGGAUCCAUACGAGAAUUCCAGAGAUGCCAAUCAAUAACUUCACAAAUGACUGGACUAGCGGAAAGGCUGUUGGUGCUUUAGUUGAUGCUUGUGCACCAGGUCUCUGCCCCGAUUGGGAUAUGUGGGAUCCAAAGGAUGCCGUACAAAAUGCAUCUGAAGCCAUGGGCUUGGCCGAUGACUGGCUUAAUGUUCGUCAAUUAAUCAAACCAGAAGAAUUGGUUAAUCCAAAUGUUGAUGAACAAUCAAUGAUGACAUAUUUAUCACAAUAUCCAAAUGCAAAAUUGAAGACUGGUGCUCCGUUAAGACCAAAGACCAAUCCAAACAGCAUUCCUCCUCCCCGAGUACGUGCUUAUGGUCCAGGAAUUGAACCAGUUGGUCCAGUUGUUGCUGCUCCAGCCAAUUUCACCGUCGAAACAUUCUCCGCUGGCAAGGGCAAUGUUGAAGUUGAGAUCAUCGGUCCCAAUGGUCAACCAGAAAAAGCUGAAGUUCGUUUCAACAAUGACAAAAACCUGACCUAUUCAAUUUCGUAUAUCCCCAAAAUGGAAGGUGAUCACAAAGUUUAUGUGAAAUAUUCGGGUCGUGAUAUUCCAAAGAGUCCCUUCAAUGUCAAGGUCGAAGGGCAUGCUGGUGAUGCUUCUAAGGUUAAAGCAACUGGUCCCGGACUACAGCCAAGUGGAGUAUAUAUCAAUAAACCAACAUUCUUUGAUAUUUUAACGAAGGGUGCUGGUCGUGGAGUACCAGAAGUUAUCAUUAUCGAUCCAGCAAAUCACAAGACUUCGGUUCCGGCCAAGGUCAGACAGGUUGAAGAUGACGUUUGGCGUUGUGAAUACGUUACCCCAUUGACUGGUCUUCAUUCGAUCAAUGUUUUCUAUGCUGGAACUCCAAUUCCAAACAGUCCCUUCCCCGUUAAGGUGUCUCCACUAUCCGACGCCCGGAAGGUUCGUGCAAGUGGACGUGGUCUGCAGAGCACUGGUGUAAGAGUUGGUGACGAUGCCGAUUUUAAGGUGUACACAGAUGGCGCUGGAGAGGGUAUACCCGAGGUUAGGGUAAUUGGACCCGGUGGAUCAAAUCAAAAUGUGUCUCUCACCAAGGUAGACGGAACCACGUACGAAGCUCAUUAUUUCCCAUCAAAGGAAGGCCGCUAUGUUGUUAUGGUGACCUUUGGAGGACAGGAAGUUCCCAAGAGUCCAUUCGAAGUAAAGGUUGGACCCAAGAAGGAAUCGUCUAUUGUUGCAUACGGACCUGGUCUGACAGGUGGUGUGAUUGGAUACCCAGCCGCAUUUGUAGUUGAGACCAAUGGUGAAACUGGUGCGCUAGGUUUUACUGUUGCCGGACCUUCACAAGCUGAAAUUGAAUGUCAUGAUAACGGUGAUGGCUCAGCUUUGGUCAAAUACCAUCCAACAGCCGUAGGAGAGUAUGCUGUCCACAUUCUAUGCGACAACGAAGACAUCCCCAAGAGUCCAUUCAUUGCACAAAUCCUACCAAGAACCGACUUCCAUCCUGAACUCGUUAAGUCAUUCGGUCCUGGUUUGGAGAAGAAUGGUAUCACUAUUGGUGAACCAACAUCGUUCACAGUUGACACCUCAAAGGCUGGAAAUGCUCCUCUGGAGGUAGUUGUUGAAGAUGUUUAUGCAACCAAGAUUCCAGUUACCGUUCAAGAUAAGCCCGAUGGAACAAAACUUUGUACUUAUACUCCAACUUCUGGGGUUCCUCAUACUGUAGAAGUAAACUAUGGAUGUGUCGCAACUCCAAACUCCCCACAUCGUGUCUACGUUGGUGUUCCAGUUGAUCCAACAAAGGUCCAAGCUUUCGGACCCUGGCUGGAACCAGGUGUCCGCCCAAAUGUUGCCACACACUUCAAUGUUGACGCUCGUGAGGCUGGUGAUGCUGAACUCCAAGUCAAGAUCAUUCACGAAGAAACUAAAGCCGAGGUUCCAUGCCGUGUCAUCGACAAUGAUGACAACACCUACACCGUUGAAGUCAUCCCUCCGGCAAACGGUGCCUAUACAACUUCCAUGACCUACGGUGGCCUUCGAGUUCCACUCGGACCAAAGGUUGUCGUUCAGCACACCGUUGAUGUGUCCAAGAUCAAAGUGGACGGUCUCGAACCAACUGCACCAUUGAAUAGUCUACAGCAGUUCCGGGUCAUUACUAAUGGCCUCCCGAGGGCGGAUCUGUCGGUAACAAUCACAAGUCCAUCUGGGAAUCGAGUUAAGGCCCAUAUUAUACCAACUGCCGAAGGCUUCCUGGUCAAUUUUACACCUACCCAACUGGGCGAGUACCUUCUGAGUAUUUGUUUCGGAGGAAGUCCCAUUACCCCACGACCGUUUAGAUUGCAGUGCCUCGUUGGCAGUGACUCGAACAAAGUUCGAGCUUUUGGUCCAGGUCUUGAACGGGGAAUAAUAGGCCAGCCGGCCGAAUUCAUUAUCGAUACCAGAGGAGCCGGUCAGGGAGGACUUGGAGUUACCGUAGAGGGACCCUGCGAAGCGGCCAUUAACUGUCGUGACAAUGGCGAUGGUACUUGUAAUGUUGCCUAUUUGCCAACUGAAAUCGGAGACUAUACGGUAAAUGUAACAUUCAAUGAUCGCCACGUCAACGGAUCACCCUUUCAGCCAAUCAUUGUUCCGCUGCCAAAUUUAAACAAGAUCCGGGUAACUGGAAUAGGGAUUCAGCCACAUGGUGUCAUAAUGAACGCUCCCGUUGACUUUUCGGUUGACAUGAGCAAGGUCGGUAACGAUAUCGACUCAAAGAAGCUGACUUGUGCCAUCUUUGACCCCAAGGGCAAUGUUCUGCCAAGCAAGGUGGUCCCUGGACAGAAGGAUGACGUUUUCGGAAUCAUGUACACACCAUUCGAAGCCGGACGACACACAAUUGAAUUGAUGUACGACAAUGUCCCAGUGCCUGGAUCACCAUUUGUCGUUCAUGUGAAGAGUGGCUGUGAUCCAUCACGCUGCAAGGCCUACGGUCCAGGUCUUGAGAAAGGAUUCACUAACAAAAACAACAAAUUCACCGUGGAAACCAAGGGUGCCGGAACCGGUGGUCUUUCGUUGGCCAUUGAAGGACCCUCUGAGGCUAAGAUGAGCUGCAUUGACAACAGGGACGGCAGCUGCGACGUCGAGUAUGUGGCAACUGAUCCUGGUGAAUAUGACAUAACCAUCCGUUUUGCUGACAAACAUAUUCCCGGAUCACCAUUCCGUGUGGCUGUCGAACAAACUGUCGAUCCAUCAAAGGUUCAGGUCUACGGACCUGGUAUCGAACCUGAUCAAGUGAGAGAAGGCGUUCCAACCUAUUUCAAUGUCGAUGUUGCUCAAGCUGGUCCCGGACGUAUUGCCGUUAAAGUGACAAACUCUGAAGGUAUCGCUGUGGAUAAUCUGAAAGUCGAAGAGAAGGGUAAUGGAGUGUAUGCUGUGCACUAUGUUCCACCCAAGCAAGGAUCAGUACUUACGUGCCAAGUUAAGUUCUCAGAUGUUGAAGUCCCAUGCAGCCCCUUCGUUAUGACUGUCAUGCCCAAGGCUGAACCAGAAAAUGUAAAAAUUUUGGGCAGCACCGAAAAGAAGAAGCUCCCAGCCUCGCUACCAGCUAAAUUCCAAAUCGACACAAAAACAGCUGGAGAAGCUGACAUCAAUGUCGAAAUUAAGAAUCCCAAAGGCAAACCAAUCCAUCCAAUUCUGGAGAAGAUCGACAAUAACACAUAUCUGCUGUCAUUCAUCCCCGACGAAUGUGGAACAUACCACAUUAGCGUGCUCUAUGGCGACAAACACAUCCAAGGAUCUCCAUUUACUCUGCAAGCAUUUGCCACUGGAGAGGCUAAGAAAUGUAAACUCGUUGCUGAAGCCCCCAAAAUUCAGCCAUCAGGCAGCAAGAGUCAUCUAAGUGUAGAUGCUAGGGACGCCGGUGAUGGUGCUGUAACCUGUAAAGUCACUUCAAAGAGUGGAAAGGAAAUCGUUGACAUCGAUGUGAUUGAAAAAGACGGUCUUUUCGAUAUCUACUACGCUUUGAAAGACCCCGGCGAGUACGACAUCAAUGUUAAAUUUGGUGGACAGAAUAUACCAAAUGGUAGCUUCUCAAUUAAGGCUGUUGAAAGUAUCGAAGAAUACCAUAAGACAUCAUAUCUCGAACAAUCUCACACUGUUGUACAAAAAUCUGUUACAACUGCUGAGCAAAUUAUAAAAGAACAACAUACUUUGGUCAACGGAAAAUCUGAAAUCACAUACAGAACAGUAACUUUAGAGAAAUUACCAUUGCCAAGUACUGGAGGAAACGUUAUUGCUGAAGUAAAAAUGCCAAGUGGAAAAGUUGAUCAACCCGUCAUUGAAGACAACCGUGAUGGUACCGUUUCGAUUAAAUACGAUCCCAAGGAGGAAGGUAUUCACGAACUAGUUGUCAAGUACAAUGGAGAACAAGUUCAAGGUUCACCUUACAAAUUCCAUGUUGAUUCGAUUUCAUCUGGCUACGUUACGGCAUACGGCCCUGGUUUAACCCAUGGUGUAUCUGGAGAGCCAUGCAACUUCACCAUUUCCACCAAGGGUGCUGGUGCAGGCGGUCUUUCUCUAGCUGUUGAAGGACCUAGCAAGGCUGAUAUUCGUUACCAUGACAACAAAGAUGGUACAGUUUCAGUGACAUACCUUCCCACUGCUCCUGGUGAAUACCAAAUUGCAGUUCGUUUCGGUGAUAAGAACAUCAAGGGAUCACCAUUCUUUGCCAAAAUCACUGGUGAAGGUCGCAAACGUAAUCAAAUUUCCGUUGGUUCCUGCUCGGAAGUCACACUCCCAGGUCAGGUCACCGAUGAUGAUUUGAGGGCAUUGAAUGCCUCUAUUCAAGCUCCUGGAGGUCUUGAGGAACCAUGUUUCUUGAAGCGUAUGCCAAGCGGUAAUAUUGGCAUUUCCUUUACUCCCCGUGAAACUGGUGAGCACAUGGUGUCGGUAAAACGUAUGGGCAAGCAUAUCCCGAACUCACCAUUCAAGGUGACCGUUUGUGAGCGUGAAGUCGGUGAUGCCAAGAAAGUGAAAGUAUCUGGCAAGGGACUGGAAGAGGGUAAAACUCAUGCGGAUAACAUUUUUGCCGUCGACACUCGCAAUGCUGGUUAUGGUGGUCUUUCGCUGUCAAUUGAAGGUCCCAGCAAAGCUGAGAUUCAGUGUACCGAUCAGGAUGAUGGAACUUUGAGUAUCUCCUACAAGCCCACCGAACCUGGGUACUAUAUUGUAAAUUUGAAGUUCGCCGAUCAUCAUGUCGAGGGAUCGCCGUUUACUGUCAAGGUAACAGGUGAAGGUUCAAACCGAAAGCGUGAGAAGAUUCAGCGUGAGCGUGAUGCAGUGCCACUCACUGAAAUCGGAAGUCAGUGCAAGUUGACCUUCAAGAUGCCUGGUAUCACAUCCUUUGAUUUGGCAGCUUGUGUCACCUCUCCCAGCAAUGUCACUGAAGACGCUGAAAUCCAAGAAGUCGAAGACGGACUCUACUCUGUUCACUUCGUUCCAAAAGAACUUGGAAUCCACACUGUGUCUGUGCGUUACAAGGAAAUGCACAUUCCCGGAUCACCCUUCCAGUUCACAGUUGGUCCUCUUAGGGACUUUGGUUCCCAUUUAGUAAAGGCUGGCGGUCCUGGUUUGGAACGUGGUCAAGUUGGUGCACCAUCCGAAUUUAAUGUUUGGACUCGUGAAGCUGGUGGUGGCUCCCUUGCAAUUUCAGUUGAAGGACCUAGCAAGGCCGAAAUUGAAUUCAAGGACCGCAAGGACGGUUCCUGCGAUGUCUCCUACAAAGUCACCGAACCCGGCGAGUACCGUGUUGGAUUAAAAUUCAAUGACCGCCAUAUUCCAGACUCACCCUACAAGGUGUACAUUUCCCCAGAGCAAGGCGACGCCCACAAGCUUGAAGUCCAACAAUUCCCACAAGGAAAUAUUCAAGCUGAUGCACCAUACCAAUUUAUGGUUCGCAAGAACGGCGCCAAGGGUGAGCUCGAUGCUAAGAUUGUUGCCCCAUCGGGUACCGAUGAUGAUUGCUUCAUCCAGGUGAUUGACAGCGAAAUGUACUCUGUUCGUUUCUACCCGCGCGAAAACGGAAUCCAUGCAAUUCACGUUAAGUUCAAUGGAGUCCACAUACCCGGAUCGCCAUUCAGAAUCAAGGUUGGCAAGGACGUAGCUGAUCCAGCUUGUGUGCAUGCCACCGGAUUGGGCUUGGAGGAAGUUAAAACCGGACACAAGGCCGACUUCAUUAUUAAUACUUGCAAUGCUGGUGUUGGUUCGUUAUCUGUCACAAUUGAUGGUCCCUCGAAGGUGUGCCUUGAUUGUACGGAAGUCGAGGAGGGCUACAAGUGUAGAUACACACCCCUCCUGCCUGGUGACUACUAUGCUUCAAUCAAGUAUAACAACAUGCACAUCGUUGGAUCACCUUUCAAGAUCAACUGCACAGGUGAUAAACUUGCUGAUGAGGGUGCCCAGGAAACAUCGACAGUUAUUGUUGACACCGUGGCGAAGAUUGCCAAGAGCGGCAAGAACACAGGCGCGCAUAUCCCAAUCUUCAAAUCCGAUGCUUCCAAGAUCACAUCGAAGGGUAUGGGUCUGAAGAGAGGUUUCAUGGGUAAACAAAAUCAGUUUACAAUCGGUGCUACAGAUGCGGGCAACAACAUUCUCUAUGUUGGUAUGUACGGUCCCAAGGGUCCUUGCGAAGAAUUCAACAUCAAACAUACAGGACUCAACAACUACAACGUUAGCUACAUGGUGCGAGAGCGUGGCGAAUAUAUUCUCAUAGUCAAAUGGGGUGAAGAACAUAUUCCCGGAUCUCCAUUUAAGGUUGAAGUUUAAGUUAAAACAAACAAAAAAUUAAACACCCAAUACAUUGUAUUAAUUUUGUAUUUUAAUUCAUAAAAGAAAAAUAAGAAACUUUUCUCACGAGAAUAAAACUUUCAGUAAGUUAUUUUUAUUUUGUUAGUCAUUCAACAACAUUUUUUGUUUAUCAGUUUCUUUUUGCAAUAAUCAAUUAUGUUCCCUUUAUAAAUCUUGUCCUGAUUUACUUAUUAUAAUUAUUAUUUUGAUUUAAAAAUAUUUAAGUUAUGUUUUUUUUACGUAAUCACAUUUAUAAUCUUAGUAUUUACUGUAAAUAUCCGAUAGAAAAAAGAAAAGAAAAGAUUUUUAAAAAUUAUAAAAGUUCGAAAAAAAAUUUAACAUAAAAAUAAAUAUAAAAUUUAAGAAAUGAAAUUAAAUUAAAAGAUAUCGUUUAAUUUCUGUCGUCAUUUUUGUUCUGUAAUGAAGUAUUUAAUUUAAAUAUCAGUCUAAAAUACGGUAUACAAUUUUUGUUCUAUUGUUUUGAAACAUAAAAUAUGAAACUUUAAAAGAUUAAUAAUGUUUUUCUUUCUUAGAUUGUACUCUUUUCUUCCAUCCUAAAUAUUAAAUUAAAUAAGAGUUAAAAAUAUUCCCUGUAAAGUUAUGGGAAAAAUGUUAUGCUAUUAAAUGUAUUAUGUAAUGUUGUAUCUUUCAAUAUAUUUUACAAGGUUUAAAUAAAAAAUAAGAAAAUAUAA